AUGGGUAAGCCCAACAUGCUCGCGCCAACCCCUGAGUCUGUAGCUUUGGCCGCACAAGUUUUCGCCAUCCCGGAGCUGAUGGAACAUAAUCUUCUCACCCUGGCCAAGAUAGUGUCCAAUGACCCGCGUUACAGAGGCUUCCCAAUCUACGGGAUUGACGCCGACUACCGGCUCGAACCAGCUACCACAUUCGCACGAUGUCACAUGGUCAAUCGAGACUUCCAUGUCACUAUCUGCGGUUCGAGCAAGCUCCUCCGAGUCACAGAGUGCGCAUCCGACCACGACGGCCGUGACUCCUACACCAAUGCUCUUGGCUGGCUCUUCCAACAGCAGCUGAAACUCAAGUUCCGUGAUCUCAAGGAGCACGAAGUCUCGCACGACCCAACGUCAAGGCUUGGUCCCAAUAUGCCAAGGUACAAGAUCCGGUCGAUAGGAAACCGAGACGUGAAGACAUGGCACAACUUGAGAGAUUUCGGCAGCAGAAGGGCCAUGAGGAGGCGAGUUGGCGUUGUGUCAAGCUGA